UAUCGGUGACAUUUCAGCACUGGAACAAAACAGGAAAAGGAGUGUAUGGAUUGUUUCGCGAAAAAUCUUAGCUGCACAGCUAGCUAAAGUAUCUAAUCAUCAUUACAUUUUUUAACGCAGCAUAAUUUAAAUAAAUGUGAAUAUUAAACUUCCAGCAGAGUCAUGAAUGGGAGUACAAAUCCGCUCUUGGACAAAGAAGAACAUGUUUUGAAGCUCGGAGAGAGCUUUGAGAAGAGGCCAAAAUCGUCAUUUCACACCAUCAGAUAUGAUUUCAAACCAGCUUCAAUUGACACAAGCUGCGAGGGGGAGUUGCAAGUCGGUAAAGGAGAGGAAGUCACCAUCACUUUACCUCACAUUCCAGGCUCUACACCACCCAUGACAGUAUUCAAAGGGAAUAAGCGGCCAUAUCAGAAAGACUGUGUUCUUAUCAUCAAUCAUGACACUGGGGAGUACAUGCUGGAGAAGUUGAGCAGCAGUAUCCAGGUCAAGAAAACCAGAGCGGAGGGCAGCAGUAAGAUCCAGGCCAGGAUUGAGCAGCAGUCAGUGCGUGCCACUGCCACCCAGCCACCAGCGCAGUUCCGUGCCCCCACUAAGCCUGGUGCAGGGGCCAAGACCUCCCCCUCCCCUUCCAAGGACAACCCCUCCCCUGAGCCCCAACUAGAUGACAUCAAGAGAGAGCUGCGAGCGGAGGUGGAGGUUAUUGAACAAAUGAGCAGCAGUAGCGGCAGCAGCUCAUCUGACUCUGCCAGUGGCUCUGGUAGUGGGGACGACAGCUCCAGCAGUGAUGGGGAGCAUGACGCCCCUCACCCCCAACCUGUCCCACUCCCUCUCCCCCAGAUCCAGCCCUCCCCCAACCGUAAUCCCAUGGCCAACGGAGGAGCAGACAGGCAACAGGGCAGCAACCAGCUGAUGAACACGCUCAGGAACGACCUCCAGUUGAGUGAGUCCGGCAGCGACAGUGACGACGACUGAACUGCCCCCAUCUACCUUUCUUUAUCACACGCUCUCCUCUUUCUUCUCUUUGCCUGGUUCCGUUGUUUUGCUGCUGUGGCAACCGACCCAACUGUAAAGUCUGGUUUUAUUAUAUUUUUUUAUAUCUCUUGAGAAACCGGCCAACCUUGAGAUUUAAUAGUGUAUUUUUUUGAUUAGCUGUAUAUUUUGUUUUGUAUUUUUAAAUCCUUUUACAUAUGAAAACAUGCUAAAGAAUAUAUAUUAUAAUGCAUAUAUAUAUAUUUUCUGUAGUUAGAGCUCCUAGUUGUAAUUGUUGUUUUCUUGUUUCUUCACAAGGGGAGGGGCUUAUUUGGACUAUAUCACCCCCAUCUUCCCUAUUUAUCUGGAAAUCAAAAGAAGGCACUGAAAGCAUUUCACCCAUUCCAUGUUUUUAUCAGAAUCAUGACACUUUCAAAAUCAGUCUUUCAAGAGGCCAGGAUGCAGCUCACAUCAAUCUUAAGCUAUAGAGGAUACUAAAGAACAUACUCAUAUUUUUCAUGUAAAGUCAGUUUCAAUUGACUACUUACUAAAGUGUUUAGCUGGAAUAUUGACCUGUUCUGGUGAACAGGUAAAUAUCAGUAACAGGUGAAUGGUAGUAAAUGAGCCUGGGUCAAUCCUUUACAUGUCAAAGCACUUUAGUUGAAUUGUAAUAUCAUAACUUUCAGCAGUUUCCACCUAAAGUAUUUUGCAUUGCUUUAACAGCACCUGUCUGACCUAACAGUUAAAUGCAACUAACAACCAGUACUUACGAGUUCAUCAUACCCUUUAUAGCUAAUAUUCUACUAUUUCCACAUCUAUCAUUUGACUUUCUGAUUCUGUCUCACUCAAUAGCUAGAUUGCCAUCCAAUUGGUGACAGAUUUUCAUGCGAACAUUCUAAAAUCUGCAUUAAAACAACAUGUGCAUAUUCCCACCAGAUAUGUUUCCAUCAAAUCGAUGUGUUGCGGAUAACAGUAUGUGUGUGAUGACGUAGUGUACAUAAAUACACGUUUAAUGGGUUUCCAUCGCAUUUUAAACUACUAAUGUUGCGUUAUAUUGCAAAUCUCUGGUCUUUGCACGUGCGCUCUAGCCAACAGCUCACAGGUAGGCUAGUCUACAUGAUGAGAUUAUUAUGGAUGAAGCGUGAUUAUCUUUUAUUUGUCAAGCGGCAGCCUAGCAUCGAUGAUCAUGUCACCAGAAUAAGACCCUCAAUAUUUAUUGGAAAGGCUCAUCACCGUGCACUUUCACCACCAUGUAAAGUUUAUCAUCAUUUAUUUCAUAUAGCCUAAUAAACUGCAUGCUUUCCGUAGUCGUAGUGGAAGGACCACACAAUAUCAUCACAUGACUCCAAAUUUAUUUCGAUAUGAUAGUUAUAUCAAUAUUGGCACAUGAAGGCGUUUCCACUGCCAUUUCUCGCAUUAUUAAUUUUACAGACACACUGUCUACUGUAUUUUGUUUUGUCGAAAUUUGGAAAGUUUACUGACAAAAUGUCCUUUUCCCACCAGACCUGUCGUGGCAUUGUUUUAUCCGACAUGUACUUUACUCGCAUGAGAAGGUUGGAUGGAAACCUGGUUACUGGCCCAACCAUAUAUCACUGUCCCAAAUUCCCAACCAUAUAUCACUGUCCCAAAUUCCCAACCAUAUAUCACUGUCCCAAAUUCCCAACCAUAUAUCACUGUCCCAAAUUCACAACCAUAUAUCACUGUCCCAAAUUCACAACCAUAUAUCACUGUCCCAAAUUCCCAACCGUAUAUCACUGUCACAAAUUCCCAACCAUAUAUCACUGUCCCAAAUUCCCAACCAUAUAUCACUGUCCCAAAUUCCCAACCAUAUAUCACUGUCCCAAAUUCCCAACCAUAUAUCACUGUCCCAAAUUCCCAACUGUAUAUCACUGUCCCAAAUUCCCAACUGUAUAUCACUGUCCCAAAUUCCCAACUGUAUAUCACUGUCCCAAAUUCCCAACUGUAUAUCACUGUCCCAAAUUCCCAACCAUAUAUCACUGUCCCAAAUUCCCAACCGUAUAUCACUGUCACAAAUUCCCAACCGUGUAUCACUGUCACAAAUUCCCAACCGUAUAUCACUGUCACAAAUUCCCAACCGUAUAUCACUGGCCUAGUUUCAGACCAGUGUAGACAUUUUCAGGAGGACCAAAGAAGCAAAACAAGUAGUUUUUAGAAUACAGACACCGAACCUCUAUUUUUACUUAGAAAUGCAUCUAUUUUCACUAGAUGUUGAGUUAUUCAUAAAAUGUAACCGCUGAUAUAAAAUGACCACUUGUUUUUUUCAUCAGUUCCAUAGAUUCAACUGAUUUGGAGUGAUAGCAGUCACGUUGGAUCACAUCUUUUAGUUUAGCAACUGUUGUGACAGUGAAUAUCAUUUGAUACUCUAUAUCAUGUGUCCUGUAACAAAACAAUCCCUAAUCCAAAAUAUCUUGAUGUAUCCCCCAUAGAGAUGUGACGUUGUGGCUGUAUCCCUGCCAUUGUAUCCCAGUGGGCACUCCACGUAAUUUAAACGUGGAAAUGUGGGUAAUAUUUGGUUGAGACGUUGAUCAAUGAAAUUUCAAACUUUAUCCACCCACUCAAAAAGUCAGCCAGAAAUGUGUUGAAUUUCCGGUGUGUUAUCACUAUGCAUUCAACCAUCCAAAUGCACAAUCAAAUUCCAAUUUGAAAAACGGUGAUUUCUAGUGUAGUUAUAAUCUAAAUGUUAUCACUGCGCUUUCAACCAUUUUAAACCACAAGGUUCAAAUGGGAAUAAAAUGUCAGAUCAUUUGUAUUUAUACAACAAUUUGAUGUGUUAUCACUGCACAAUUGAAUAGCACGACCAAAUGACCUGGAUUGCAGCUGAGACUACAUUAAAAUCACAUAGCACAAAGUGAUCAAUAAUGUUCGAGAUUCUGCGCAGAUUAUUAUAGGUAUUGUGAAGAUCUCCACAGACCUGCGGUGUUUGAACAUGCACACUUUCAAUUAUUACAUAAGACAUUUAUAGUUACUGUAGGCUAACCUCAAAAUGUGACCAUGGAUGUGUGUUACUCAUUUUAAGAUUGAAUAAAUACUGUUACAUUAGUUUGUAAGAUAGCCUUAACUUUAGGCUAUUUACUGUAUUCCAAAAGUCAGCCAAAUAUCAACAUUUUAAAGGAUAUCGAAUGCUUGGAUGGUUUCAUCCUAUUCUUAAUCCCAUUCUUUAACUUUUAUUUUUGGUUAAAUUGGAGACGUGAAUCCAACAUAUCAUUUGUUAACUUGUCGUCAAGUUAAUAGGCUAUUUACUGUACUGCAAAAGUGAUAUUGAAUUGUGUUUGGUUGUCAACACAACCAAAUAUCAACAUUUGAAGGAGAUGUAUCUUUUUUGCACUGAUUUAGUAUAUCUUUAAUUCCAAUUUGUCUACAAAUUAACAAUUGAUAUGUUGAAUUAAUGUCUCCAUCUCAACCAAGAAUCAAAAUGAAAGGAUGUGACUAAAUCAAAUCAAAGUAUAACUGCAUUUAAAGUCAGAUGUGAUUUAGUCCUAUUCUUUAACUUAGAUUUUUGGUUGAGAUGGAGACGCAAAUCCAACAUAUCAAUAUUUAAUUUGUAGAUAAACUGGAAUUAAAGCCAGACUAAGUCAGUGGCACAGAUGGAACUAUCCAAUCAGAAGAUAAAUCUCCUUCAAAUGUUGAUAUUUGGUUGCGUUGACAACCAAAUACUAUUCAAUAUCCAGUUUAUCUACAAAUUAAUAAUUGAUAUGUUGGAUUUGCGUCUCCAUCUCAACCAAAAAUCUAAGUUAAAGAAUAGUACUAAAUCUAGUCAAACUUUAAAUGCACUUUACAUAAACUUUGAUGUAGUUCUAUUCAUUCACUUAGUCCUAGUCUGGUCAGUGACAAAUAUCAAAGCGAAGCAGGGCUGGGCUUGGUUAAAACUCUGGAUGGGAAACCAAAUGAAUAGCUGUAUGUAGAUCAACUCUCCAACAGAAGGUGCUACUGAACCUGUUGUUAUUUUUCUGAUAGUGGAUAUGUCGUUGUUUCAAAGGUACAAAUUCAACAUAUUUUAUACAAGGUUUGUCUAUGUUGAAAAUUGGUUACAAUGAUGACAUAAUCCCGUGGUUGAAAUUCCAUCCUCAAAAUAAGUUGACAUUGAUAACUUUUUUUAAAAUCCAAUAUAUUUUCCACAUAGAUUCCAUGUCACAAAACAUUGACAAAUUUACGUUGAACCAACGUUGAUUCAACCAGUUUAUGCCCAGUGGGAUGUGUGUUCAUAAGGUGCUUACAUGGUAUUUAACUGGUGCUGUUGUGUGUCUGGGAAAUCAAGCAAGCGAUGUGUGUACAAAUGUAAAAUAAUGUUUUGUUUUCACAGCAGUUUGGAUCCAUGUAGUUGGAUGCUAUUUCCAAUUUGUGUCUCUCUGGCAUCCAGUGUUAUUUCUGACCCAUACUGUUACUAUCCCAGUACAACCUCUCUUACAUUUAUCGAGGUGGUUGACUUAUUGCGUUUAUCUCUAGGUUUUGUGCUUUGAGGUGUAUUAAAGUGUGCACAUGUAUUUAAAUUGAAUGAUCUUUUUAUGUGUUGACCUCACAUCAGUCAACCAAAAUAAAGGAAGAAAACAGUC